GAGUGGAGUGAGCGUAUUGCGCUGCGGGUACAGAAAUAGAAGUGUUGUGCCCAGUCUUCCGGGUGCAGGCAGGCACCAGGCACAUCUGUUCUCUUUCUCUCUGACAGCUCCCCCAAUGCUGUCAUCUGUCCCCACCCCGCUUCGCACGCCUUCCAGGUAAUAUUUAUGGCAAAUAGUAUGGCGUCCGUGUUUAGAAAUGCUGCCUUGUAGCCUCAUGCAACGGUGCGCUGAAACGUGGGCUCAUGAAGUCAGCCUGGGGAGCUUGCGCGUGAAAGCGUUCGAGAUAUUUUCACUUUAGCCACAUUCAGUUAGCCACCCGGGCUAAUUUGUAAGUUCACCGGUCUCGGAUGGCGUAUUUAAGUUAUUAGUUUUACGUGAGGCACGUUGGGGUUUGCGUCAAGAUGGGAUAAUCGAAGCAUAGCGAUACAAGUUGAUGGGCAGUCUCAGUAUACCGUAUGUAUCCUGUGCGGCACCUUCCUUUCAGAGCAGGUCAGCUGUUUGCCAUCAUUUCCCGUGUUAUGAUGGGCGUUAGCUGUUUAUUCCCAUCCCUUAUGGAGUGUUGUGGGUAGCUAGUUUCUGCACAACUACCCCUCAGGGUAGCUCUACCGAAAGAAUCGGCCUGUUGGCAGAACCAAACGCCUAUUAAGCACAAUCAUCUAACGGACUUCCCUAUCAUAAAAGGCAGACCGUUAGACAAUUGAAUGGAAGUCAGUACUCUCGACUGCAGUUGAUCUCACUGUGGCCUUUGGCAAAUCACGACAGUCCUAUGCAAUAUUUGCACUUUACCAUUCUCGUUAGCUGAAUCAUGCAACUUGCUGUAAGCAGCGUUCUUGGUCACUUUUUGUAAAUCACGCGCAUAGGUCUACGCCGCAUCUAUGAUAGGCUACCCUACUUAAUCACUCAAUACUUUGCACGAUUAUAAACCAUACUUUGUUUACACUCUAGAGAUUGUUAAUGCACAUAAUGAGCGACCAUUAUGUGAAAGUAAAAGUUCAGCUUGAACAACUGAAGUGCGCGGGCGUGGUGGUGGGGGACACGGAGACAGCCGAGGAGCAGGAGCAACAGCAGCUGCAGGUCGUCACCGACGCGCCACCGCUACAGCCACCCCAGUCCCCUAUUCACGUUUCCCUCCACGUCCGGAGGGACACUUCAAAGUGUCUCGCCACAGCUAGAACUAGAAGCAAAAGUCGGACUAAAUACGGCAGCUAUGACAGGAGCGUCACCACCAGAGACGCGUCUGCGGCGGGACAACGCCUGGACAACGCGCCGUCGCUGCAGAUCAAAGGGACCGGGAAGGUUUUGCAGGAGAAAGCGGAGGCCAACGGAAACGUGGCUGCCGGCGACCACACACUCAAAGACACCACAAGUGCACGCAGCAGAGACGAUGCCAACGCCAACAACAAGCCUGUCAAAAAGAGGAGACCGGUCACUGUGGACACAUCCAAGGCCAAGACCUCUCUGGAGGCGCUCAAGAUCAGCAUCCGGCAUCUCAAGUGGAAAGAGUUUCCGAUUGGCCGUCGGGCUGCCUGUGACAUCUACUGGCACGGUGUCUCCUUUCACGACAACGAGAACAUCAGCUCCGGACAGGUCAACAAGUUCCCAGGCAUGGUGGAGAUGUUACGGAAGAUCAAUCUGAGUCGGGCGGUGAGGACCAUGCAGGAGCUGUUUCCCGAGGAGUACAACUUCUACCCCCGUUCAUGGAUCCUUCCGGAGGAGUACCAGACAUUUGCCACCCAGAUCCGUCUGGCCAAAGAGGCCAGUGACUCCUCCACCUGUUCCUCCUCCUCCUCCUCCUCUCCGCGGGCCACCUUCAUCGUAAAGCCUGACAGCGGUUCCCAAGGAGACGGCAUCUACCUGAUCCGUGACCCCUCUGACCUGCGCACCAUGGCAACCACUAGCAGCUCCGGCUCCGGCUCAGUCUCAGUCCGGCAGGUGGUGGUGCAGGAGUAUAUCCAGCGCCCCCUGCUGAUCGACAAGUUGAAGUUCGACGUGCGCCUGUAUGUGUUACUGCGUUCGCUGGAGCCUCUGGAGAUCUACGUGGCUAAGGAGGGCCUGUCACGCUUCUGCACCGAGCCCUACCAGGAGCCUAGCGCCAAGAACCUCCACCGGGUCUACAUGCACCUCACCAACUACUCGCUCAACGUGCAGAGCUCCAACUUCGUGCACUCGGACAGCCGCAGCACGGGCAGCAAGCGCACCUUCUCCAGCGUGCUAGCGCGGCUAGCGGCUAAAGGAGCCGACGUCAAGCGUGUCUGGUCCGACGUCAUCGCGCUGGUCAUCAAGACCAUCAUCGCCCUGGUGCCCGAACUCAAGGUCUACUAUCAGGCCGAGAUACCGCCGGGAAAACCAGGCCCCACCUGCUUCCAGAUCCUGGGCUUUGACAUCCUGCUGAUGAAGAAUCUGAAGCCGGUGCUGCUAGAGGUGAACUCCAACCCCAGCAUGAGGAUCGAGCACGAGGCAGAGGUGUCUCCGGGUGUGUUUGAGUACGUGCCGAGCCCCGUGGACGAGGAGGUGAAGGUGGGCGUGAUCAGGGACACGCUCAGGCUCAUGGACCCACUCAAGAGGCAGCACACGGGGGCGGAGCUGGAGCAGGACAUCCUGCUGGAGGCGGGGCAUCCUGUGGAGAGGGCGGGGCCUGAGGGGGAUCAGCAUCUGGCGGCCGCCGCCCUGCCCUCGCUCUGCCUGAAGCAGGUCUUCCCCAAGUACACCAAGCAGUUCCACUACCUGCGCACCGUGGACCGCAUCGCCGCCAUCUUCCUGCGCUUCCUGGGGGUGAAGGGGACCAUGCGCAUGGGGCCCACCGCUUUCAGGACAUUCAUUAGGAACUGUAAGCUGAGCAACACCAGCUUCUCCAUGGCCUCGGUGGACAUCCUCUACAUCGACAUCACACGCCGCUGGGCCGGAACCCAGGACCAAUCACGAGAAGCAGGAAUGCCUCUGCAGGCGUUUGUGGAGGCCUUCUUCUACCUGGCGGGCCGACGCUUCAAGUCCCUCCCCCUGCGGGAACAAGUGCUCUCAUUGGUGGAGCAGUGUGAGGCAGCCCUGGGCGGCCAGCAGCAGCAAGGCCAUCACCCGGAGGAUAGACCCCGCCCCUUACGGAUUAGCCACGCCCCUCAGGCUCAGAACUCUCCGGCACUUGCUCGCCGCGGCCAGGACUUCCGGCUGCAUCAGACGCUGCGGCCAUCGCCCAAGGCCAACAGCGACCACUGAUACUGUUUUCAGGCCGACCAGAACGGAGCCGGUGCCGGUGCCGGUGCCCCCACCAGUUACGUUUGGCACUAAAGUGCUUACCUCUGAACCACCCGUGUUCAUACCGGGCUCUGAACUUUUUUCCGCAUGUGACUGUGUUACCCGGAUGACGUCCAUGUUGUAGUCAUGGUUUGCGGAGUAUUUUUGGGUUCUCAUUGUGAACCAACUUUCCGGUUCGCGAACGCUAAGAUUCUGCGUCCGGUUCGCGAUGAGGUGUGGGAACGAGAACGGGCACCGGCGCGAUUCUCAGUCGGCCUGAAUGCGCCUUGAGAUUAGGGCUGUAUUCCAUUAUGCUGACUCCCGUCCUCCACCUGUGCUUGCGACCUCGCGCUUCACUGACGCCCUCUGCCCUCUGUGGAGAAAGCAAUAAAGUUUCCCCAGCUGUCAGCCUAGCCAGCACCAACAGCUUUUGGAGGACUUUUCCCCAUUCAACUGUAUGUACAUCCCGAAUGCAAAUAACAAAAUGAGCUUUGAAUUGCACUUAUGCGAGAUAUUGAAUUAAACUUAUGUAGUCGAUGACCUCAUCAUGAGGCCACAGACACAGGGGAGGACGGUAGUUAGGAUAACGGGAAGAGCCCAUGGACACAGAGAACCAGGCAGUGGACAACCAAACUCAAACUCGUGCUCACAAACACAUACAUACUGUACGUACAUGCACACACACAGACAAACACAAACAAACACACACAAACAGUGUUUUCUGGAAGAGAGGGAACCAGUUGUACUGUAUAUGUUGUUCCUUUUGAUUGGAUGUCUUAAGGUGUGUGCAUGUGUGUGUGUGUGUGUGUGUGUGUGUGUGCGU